AUCCUGCCUCGGGCAUGGAUGUGUGUGAUGUCCUUAGGUUAGUUAGGUUUAAGUAGUUCUAAGUUCUGGGGGACUUAUGACCACAGCAGUUGAGUCCCAUAGUGCUCAGAGCCAUUUGAACCAUUUGAACUAGUGACGGACAAGCAUGCAUCAUUUUAGUGUUACUCGGUGCACAGCAAUCUAGUAAGGCUAGAAACAAUAGACAAGUCUGCAACUAAAACUGAUCAAAGAACUGGGGAUCGACAUGCGGUAAUGACUCAAGUGAGCUACUGCAAUGCCAAAGCGGGGUGGUCAUCAUAUGUCUUAUUUGUCUUACUAAAGAGAUCCAUAUGGGAGGAAGCACAUGCAUCAUGCUGUUGUUUAAUUUGUCCUUGUUGAAAUAGGUAGUGGAUCGAAAGCCAUACUUACAACGAGUAGGUAUACAUUGGAUGAACUCGGUGUACAAUGACAUAAUAGUGGCGGCAAGCUGCCAGAAACAAGGAAAGCUCAUGUGAGCAAGAUGCUUGGAGUUAAGGGACGGUGGGUUGUUAUUAAGGAAACUAUGUGUGACAUUACGGGACCAACAUUUCAUUUACCAGCUACAAUGACGCGAGUCACCAUUUUAAACAUAUCAAAACCAUAGCUGUAACGUGUUCGUGUGUCCUUGCAGAUGUUGCCUAAACAAAACCUUAUCUUAUGAAAUGACACCUGGGAACCAAGCCUAGUUAGUGCACUAAGCCAGAGGAUAGUCGCACAGGAGCGGCAGAUCAUUCUGCAGUGACUAACGUGGCUCAUUGAAGAAUAUCGUGAUGGAAAAUGACAGAUAACCAUGACAUUGAGUGUUGCAAUUCCUAGCUCCAUAGUGACUUUCAUUUUACUCUGCCUAGCUUUUAUUUACCUGAGACUAUGAGACGUUCAGAAACCCAAUAUCUGGGUAGUGUAUGUACUAGAGGACUUGAUCUCCCGAGUGAGAGAUUUAGCAAGGAUUUGUCGAGCUUAAGGAAGAAGGAAAACAGCCAUAAAAUUUAGUGCAGUAAGUAUGUAAUAUUUAAAUUUGCCAGUUUUGUAUAAUCUUUUGAGUGUUUACUUAUUUUAUAGAUCAAGAGUGGAAGUAGUCACACUGGAGAACCGGCCCUGAGCAAGACCCAGUGGACCAGGUCUUCCCCUUGGAGGGGAGCACUACAGUGCCACCAACCAGUUUUAGUGGUAUUUGUAAGAAAGCCACGGUGAAGCACUGCAAUAGCUACCGUGGGAUGGAAAGCACAGUGUGGCGCAAAAAGAGUCGUAAUAACACAUACACAAGGAACUGCGAAAUCGGCUAUCUGUGCUCAGUAAAACCUGCUCUCUGUAGUGCUCACAGCUGGAGCAGACAGGGCGGUCACCACACCAGGGGAAGACUCUUAUUGUGAGCUACUUGACUGAGAGCCGGGUAAUAGUGCAACAAAUGCGCCACAAGCCGUAUAAAAAGAUGUGAAUUUUGAGGCUGAUUCAUUUAGUCUCCAGUAGCACCACCACGACGCCACAUCCAUGCUAGACAACUGAACACCGCCAGCUGCAGCCAUGAGUUCGAGCCCAGGUCAGGCCAGCCCUCUCCUACCGUGAGUCUACUUGUAGAACUUGGUGCCACAGCACCUCUGACCUGCCACCUGUGCUUGCCAUUGCCAGGCUCCUGCCAGGGAGCAGAAUGCCGCGUCCCAUGCACGGCAGUCUCCACUCGCCUCCACGCUAGACGCGUGUGGGGCCUGAGUCGCCAGGUAUGGCCAUUCUGCAAUGGAACACUGUUGCAACAGAAGGAGGAAAGCGCCACUGACGUCCAGGCCAUGGCGUACUCUCAGGCUGCCAGCCGUUGCUCGGCCUGACAUCAGCAACGCAGGCCGUCUACGCCUGCAUCUCAUCACCAGGGCGAAGCCAGCCACCUGUGAGCCGAUGUCGGCCAAUGUCACUGGAUCUGAACGUGUCUGCCUUACAUUGCUGACGAUGUGAUUCGUAUUUGGAGCUGAAUAAAACAUUACUCUCGACCAUCAGUGUGUUACUGGGUCCACCAAGCCUUCACUCCGCACACUCACCACCUGGGCUCUUCACAUUAUUUUCAGUGAUGAAUCGCAGUUUUGGGCUACGCCGAAUGACCAUUGUCGGCUUGAACGGUCUCCAUUGUGGGGAAGAAUAUCUCGAAACCAUGAACAGACGUGGUCUGCUACGAACUGCUGCUCCAUACCACGCCGUCUACAGGAUUGUCGGCCUCACCCCCUUUACAGUGGACGCUACAGAUUGCUGUCUGCGGCGAUCACCUUGCACUGUAGCGUACGCCGCAAUCCUUCUUGUCCUGUGUUUGGCUGCAUCAGUAAAUGUGGUACACUUCUUGACCGUCGGUCAAGAGCACAUUUCUGCCCUCAGGUUCCUGUGGCUAACAGGGACAGCGAUAGCAGCUUGUCUGAUGGCCGUUGUACCUGUAGCUACAGAUCUCUUCGUUAAUACCAGCAGAUACCAGAGAAUACUCAGCCUGUUGUCUUACCGAGACACUAACAUUUUGGAAUUAAAGCACUCGUCUAAUAAACGCGUGACAUUUGGCUGCAAACCUCUAUACGUAACUGCGUUUGUCCCCUUUCUGUACACUGUAGUGUGGAACGUAUUGCAGAAAAGAAGUCUUUACACUACAGCUUCUAUGUUCUUUAUGCAAGGUCUCAUGCUGGCUGCAGUCUCGAAGUAUAUUAUACUAGUUAUGCUGGUCACGAAUGACUUGCGAUGCCUGGAAGAGACCCUGAGAGCAGUGAAGCGGCCGCCCCCAGGCGCGGCGCACUUCCGCGCGCUGCGCAGAGUCUACAGGGCGGUGUGCGGCGCCUCCCACGAGGUGCUGGCGGCCCACCAGUGCUUCCUGGCGGUGUUCACAGGCACACUGCUCGUCUCCACGUCGUGGCACACCGUCUGCUUCCUGCUGUGCUCUGACCACCAGCUGCAGCAGGUCGUUUUCCUCGUGUGGCACACGUCGCUGCUGCUCUCGGUGUUGGUGUCUUCACACGCGCUCUACGAGGCGCAGGCGUCGAUCGCCGCCACGGUGUGCAGGCGUCUGCAAGACGUCCGCACCGCCAGCCCGGAUGCGAAGGAGCUUCGCCACUUCCUGUUACUGGUACGGAGUCUCCGUCCGGAGCACCGCAUCUUCGGAGUGGUCCCUCUGGACUUGAGGCUGGUAGCCACCUUCCUGUCGACGUACACAACAUACACAGUGAUUCUAAUGACUUUUUAACAUUGUCUCGGUUUCACCAACUGUUCGGUUACGGCCCGGAGAAGAAACAGUGAAGUAAUUUGACCACAGUAUAGCCUACAAACGUAUGGCUCCGAAGUU